AUGCAGCGCCUUACAAGUCGGGCCCAAGUGUCUGGGCAUGGCCUUGAAACAAUUGACCUUAGUAGCCCUAGAACAGAACAAGCGACCCAGCGAAAUAACGACAAGAGACCCACCUCCGAUACCGACCAGGUGUUUGUACCAGCUCAAGGAGACCUUACAGAAGAUAACAAUGAGGUUAUGGUUGAGUCUCUUCCUCUCCACGCUUGA